ACAGACGGACAGCGAAAGAAAACAGGACAGUUCCACUACGUACACCAACAUGUUUCCAUUUUUACCUAGUCAAAGAGUAGCGUCUCCAAGAGGAGAUGUUGUCCCUAGCUUUGUGGGCAUGCCUGGAAUGCCUCAGCAUCAACUUGUGGGCCAAAACCAACCGGCUAGUGGAAGAGAACUUUUACAAGUUCAUCUAGCAGCCCAAGGUUUAAAUGCAUUGUACAGUCAACUGAGACUUCAGUGGGAUAAUUUAAAGGGGUCAGUGGAGGCACUUUUGAACGAUCUAGGAUUUGUUCUACCUAGGUAUUUCGAUAGCAUCGGUCAACGUGAAAAGGCAUCGAGUAUACCAUCUGCCGAAGAUGUCAUCAAAUCAUUUAAACGUCUCGGACCUGCUUUAAACUUGGCUGGACGACCGUUACAUGAUUUUGUGAGCUUAUUGAAUUCGUUAAAAUCUAUUUUGCCGUUAGUAAAACAAAUCAAAGAUGUCCAUAGCCAAUUCAACUUCAAAAAGUCUCUGACCGACAGCUUGAAAAAUAUUGAGGAUUUUGCCGAGGGGAAAAAGGCAUUUAGUAAGACUCACCCAGAAGUCUCUAACAUAGUCAAGAGUUUAAAGUCAGUGAAAAACAUAUACCUACCCUUAAUCAGCACUUUACCAUUUCUGUUUGAUAAUAUCAACAUGCUACAAGAAAACCUGCAGAGUGAGUUGUUGUCUAUGAGAAGAAAAAACGUUCUAGGUGAUGAUUUACUCAGUGUUCCGAUAAUGUUACAGGCUGGAACAGUUCCAAGGGACUUGAACGAAAUUGAUGCACAAGUCAUAACCCUGUAUCGGCAACACAGUAGAGUGUUGGAACAGAAUCAUCGAUUGUGUGAGUUCAAAACCAUUCUUUUUAUUCAACAAUUUUGA